UCAUGGGACAGUCGACCUCAUCCCCAUUGUCCCUCACCCUCGACCAUUGGUCGGAGGUGCGGAAGAGGGCUCACGAUCUCUCCUUGCAGGUCAAGAAGAGUAAGUGGCAGGAUUUCUGCUCGACUGAGUGGCCUGCUUUCUCUGUGGGGUGGCCACCAGAGGGAACUUUUCAUCUGCCCCUCAUUCUAGCAGUUAAGGACGUCAUCUUCCGCCCCGGACAAAGGGGGCACCCUGAUCAAGUCGCUUACAUCCUGGUAUGGCAGGACCUCAGGGAGGAACCCCCAUUAUGGGUAAAAUCCUUUCUUCCCCCUUCUGACUCAUCUGUACCAAAGCUUUUAGCUCUGAAAGGACCUCCCACUUCGGCUCCGGUCCUGCCCGAGUCUCAGCCUGAUCUACCCUUACUCGACUUUGACCAGCCUCCUCCUUCCCAGCCGACUCAACCUCCUCCAUACCCACUCUCUCCUCCAGCCUCCUCGUCCGAAUCGAGUGCUGCUUCUCCGUCAGCCCCCUCUUCACCUGAGCUAAAUUCCUCUUCUCCUCCGGUACCCACGUCCCCUCUAUAUCCCCCACUCCCUGCGAUGGCUUGCCCCGAGCCCACACCUCCGGGGCCCACGGGCCCAGCCCAGAACACUCGGAGCAAGCUACGGCCUGAGGAUCCAGUCGUUGCCCUCCCUCUCCGUCCCUAUGGGCCCAUGAUAGACGAUGGGACAGAUGGAGGGCAGAUGCCCGCUUUACAGUACUGGCCUUUUUCUACCUCAGAUCUCUAUAACUGGAAAAACAAUAACCCUCCUUUUUCUGAUGAUCCUUCUAAGCUAACAGGUCUAAUGGAUUCUGUUAUGUUCUCCCACCAACCCACAUGGGACGACUGUCAACAGCUCCUAGGGGUCCUGUUCACCACCGAGGAAAGAGACCGCAUCCUCCUGGAAGCCCGGAAAGCUGUUCCCGGAGAGGAUGGCAGACCCACCCAGAGACCAGACCGGAUCGAUGACUUCUUCCCCUUAAAGCGCCCCAACUGGGACCCCAACUCACCUGCUGGUAGGCAGCAUCUUUCUAUCUAUCGCCAGACUCUAAUGGCAGGUCUCCGGGCGGCCGCAAGGCGCCCCACUAAUCUGGCCAAGGUAAGAGAAGUUACCCAAGGACCUACUGAGACUCCCUCAGUUUUUCUAGAAUGCCUGAUGGAAGCUUACCGGCGAUAUACGCCUUUUAACCCUGAGGAGGAAGGCCGAAAAGGCUCGAUAGCUAUGGCCUUUAUAGGACAAUCGGCCCCUGAUAUAAGACGUAAGCUCCAAAGGCUAGAUGGUCUCCAAGACCUGACUCUGAGGGAUCUUGUUAAGGAAGCUGAAAAGGUCUACUAUAAGCGGGAGACAGAGGAAGAGAAAGAGUUAGCUAGGGACAAAAGACGAAACAAGGAAUUAACUAAGAUGUUGGCCACAGUUAUUCAGGGAAAACCUGAGCCAGGAAAGGGAAAGCCCACUCGCCCUCCAUUAGACCCUGAUCAAUGUGCAUAUUGUAAGGAAAAAGGACACCUGAUCAAAGACUGUGAAAAGUUAAAAAAGAAACGGGCCAAAGAAGAACGAGAAAGACAGUCCUCACAGCGAUCCCGAGCCCCCAUGCUCGCCCUAGAUGAAGAAGACUAG